CCUUGCGUUAAUUUCCUCACGGGAAACUCACCGUUUUUCAGGAUGGAGGUAAUGUCUUGUCGAGUACUAUGGAAAUUCUGUUUUGUAGUGUUUGUGUUUGUAACUAGUGGGUCACUUAGUUCCCACGUUAAUCCUUUUCCAUUCCAUACAUGUCCGAGGGCCUUGGAUGGACAACCUCAGCCCAUGUCUCCCUCUGCCCCUCGUCUCGAGGCUUUGCAAAUGGAGGAGGAGAGCUAGUGAACAAUUGCUUCCUUUUUUUUUUUCUUUUUUUCCCCCUCCAAGUGUGUUGGAGAGUUUGAUAUGUUGCGAUUUUGGAGUGGAGGUAACAUAGCCAGGAACAAAGCAAUGGUGGAGCAGUUGCAGCGUUACGGUGUAAUGUCGUCGAAAAAAGUAGCCGAAGUGAUGGAGACUGUUGACAGAGCUUUAUUUGUACCUGAUGGGAACCCUCCUUAUUUCGAUAGUCCCAUGGCCAUAGGUUACAAUGCCACUAUCUCUGCACCUCAUAUGCAUGCAACAUGCCUUCAGUUGCUGGAGAAGAACUUGCAGCCUGGCAUGCAUGCUUUAGAUGUCGGCUCUGGAACGGGAUAUUUGACAGCAUGUUUUGCACUGAUGGUUGGAGCAGAAGGUCGUGCUGUUGGUGUGGAACACAUUCCUGAGUUGGUUGCCUCCUCAAUUCAGAAUAUCCAAAAAAGUGCAGCCGCUCCUUUGUUGAAAGACGGUUCUCUCUCGGUGCAUGUUGGUGAUGGAAGACUCGGUUGGCCAGAAUUCGCACCAUAUGACGCAAUUCACGUCGGGGCAGCCGCUCCAGAAAUCCCACAACAACUGAUUGAACAGUUGAAGCCUGGAGGCAGAAUGGUCAUCCCUGUAGGCAACAUAUUUCAGGAUCUGCAAGUAGUGGACAAGAAUUUGGAUGGUUCGAUCAGCAUCAGGAGUGAAACUUCAGUCCGCUAUGUUCCCCUUACUAGCAGGGAAGCACAGUUGCAAGGCUAAUGAAGCUGAAAUAUUUCCCCCCCAGAAGUUUAUCUGCCGUCCGUUUGUUUCUUUUCUAGUUUUAUUUGGUGUGUAAGGCUUUGAUAGUUGUUUGACUAGACCAAUGUUGUAUAUAUAUGGGUAAAAUCAUGUGGUCACUGUCAAGGGUAACAAGGAGUUGCAAUGUGUUUCGUGUCUGUAAAUUCUUUUAAUCUCAAGGUAGUUUCCACAUUUUCCAUAA